UCAAUAUUUAUAAUUGUGAUUUCAUGUGAACAGAUGUUAACAUGUCGAAUAUAUUUGGAAGGAAUCAGUGCUACCACAAUAAUCGAGCAAUGUGUUAAGCGAGAGUGUAUUUUCUUUAGAAGAUGAAAAACACACCUAAAAUUUUUAAUUAAAGUACAUGAAUUAAUCCAUAUCCAUGGCAAAAGAUAAAAUACAAGACGGGAUUGUGACAAAUCCAAAUGAUUGUAAACCGGCGCCAAAACGCAAGCGGACUGCUGCCAAUCAGAAUGGAUCAAAACGUUUGCGUAAGGAUGCAAUAAAAACUGAGAGAUCCAUCCAAUGGGUAGACCCGGGCCUUAAGUACAUCCAAAGUAUUGCUGGUCAACCAAACUCGCAUGCGUUUGAUCACUACACUCAUGCAUCGGUACUGCAACUGCCAUUGCAACCGGCUAAUAUCACCCAGGAAUCACUACAUCGACACUUUGAGCGAACACCAUGGAAUAGUUCCUAUCCCGUACCUCUGGUCACACACAGGACCCCUGAACGCAUGCUUGAGGUCGACCCGAUGAUUAGGCUGGUCAAGACCAAAAAAACCCAUUUGGUAACAUUGAACAACAUGAAACGUACCUACAAUCGGAAACGAACAAUGGCCAGGAAAAUAUGCAAGCAAAACAAUGGUGCAUUAUACCCGACGGCAGUAUCCCUAGUGGCCGAACACAUGGAGCGGGAUCCAGAUCCGUGGUUUGAGGGCAGUAUUGGUUAUGAUUACUAUUUCACCGGGUGCAAUCUGGCUGUGAUUGAAGAGGGCGAAUUCAAGUGGAUAGUUAAUACAGUCGGUCGUGAAAUGAACACAGUAGAAAUGAUACCAUUCAAUACGGUCGAUAAUCGAUUAGAGAUUGAUUCUGGCCAAAUUGAACGAUAUGAAUUUGAACGCGAAACCGGUCCUGUUUUCGAAGUUAGCUGGAGCAAAUCAGAAGACAGUUGUACGCAAUCGACGAAAACAAUUAUCAAAAUUGCGUUGCGAAGAAAGCAUAAUAUUGAAGUGAUGUGGACAAACCAAGGGCAUGAUAGUCUAAAAACCAAGAGGAUUAAUUCAAAAAUCCCGUUUAUUUCUCAUUGCUUGCUGCCAGGAAGAAAUGGUUGGCUUAUGUGCACAAGUGAUCUCGAGAAAAACAUUAAGUUAUGGGAUUGUAAAGAGAACAAAAUACUAUAUUCUUUGAAACUUCAAAAAGAAGGCCCAACAGACGAUUGUUGGCAAUGUGUUCGAGUUGUUGCAAAUGGUUUUGUGAUAUGUUUAAACAGAACAUCUUUCGAACUAAUAAAAAUAGAUGGAACCGAUUUGGUUAUAGUGCGAACAAUUAACAUUUCUGAUUUGUUGUGGAAAUGCGAGAAAGCUUCAUGCAUGGAAGUUUGCACCAAAAAUCGCAUUCUUUUGCUAGGCACAACUCAUAAACUGCUUAUAAUUAGUUUGAUCGAGAAAAAAGAAAAAGAACCAGAUUUUCAACACAUUCUUACUUUUACACACAACCUCAAACAACACCCAACGAUGAUCAGCAUGGGUUCGGAUAGCAAACAAAAUAUCCAUGCUUGGAUUUCCUCACAGCUACCCGGUGAUUCCAAAAUUUGUAGCUUCACGAAGGCUCCAAUCAAACGCUUCAUCAGCAGAUUCGUUCCCAUGAGACCUCUCAAUAUACAAGAUGCAUGUCAGCUAGCACGAAUUCAGGGUAAAUGUAUCUAUCCGGCAAGUGCUCUACAGCAGCAUCUGCAACGGUUCCAAUGUGGAUCAGCGAUUAUCGUUAGCUCCGGUCACUUCCAUCUGUUGUCACAGAACUCAAGUGGGGAUAUUUUCCAUCAGCAGCUCACUCAGGACUCAACCGUCUCGAAUGCUUCCAUGGUCCCUGAUUGUUUUCAAUCUUGGUUACAGCAACUCAACACCCACGACGAUAUUGAACACAAACCAAUCGCAACGGAUUUCAAGAAUCUUCGAAGCUUCAGAAAAAUUCUCACUUGCUCAAGUUUGCAGCCUAAGAGUGAUCUGCGACCGACGAAUCAUUUUUUUAAAAAACGCCCCCGCUGGCAGCAGCCGGUGGAACAACUCCAUCAAUAUAAAGAUCUCCUCGCUGGAGAUAUGUUAGCAAUCUGGGGCUUCCGACCAGAUGUUACUAAGAACCGACGACCUUCUACCGACGAUACUAUAAAUCCUACCGAUCGUGUUUUUAAGUGGCUAGAUACAGCUGUGGAUACGGAUGCUACCUUCAAGCAGGAAAGCAUCAAGAUAGAAGAUACUUUCAUAGAGAGAUACAGUAGUUGUGAUGCUGUUGCAAGUUCGAAUGAAUUGAAAAUGAAAUCUAAUCUAGCAGAGUCUCAGGAGACAUUCAUGCUAGAUGAUCUUGUUGUUUCACACAGUGUAGUUAAAUCUACGAAAAGAAAAUAUGUUCAAGGUUUUUAAACAGAUUCUUCUCUCCAACAUGUCAAGACUGAUUAAUUCAAGGAAUGAGUUAGUCAAUAUGAAAUUUGUCUGCCUUGACUUGUUACAUAAGUUUUUAUUCAAUUCUCGAAGAAAAAGAAAAAAGAAAAAAUAAGCUGGCAACAUUCCGCAUCUUGGUGUUUU